CUCCCAAUUUCUUCCCUUUCUUUUAUACAAUUCCUUCUCUUUUCCAAUUUCCCUUAAACUCACUCUUUUUUCUGCCCUGUUUUUUUCUUCUUCUUCUCCUUCUCUGUUUUUCUUUGUUUUUUUGGUGUUGCUAUGAGGACGCUUUGCCCCAAUUUUGAUAAAGAAGAUGGACUUGAAACAGUUCUUGAAGUCCCAAUUCCUGAAGAAAUGUUUCCUUCUGCUAAAAAUAAAUGGCCUAAUAUGAAAUCCUGGAUGAAAACUAACCCUGGUAGAGCUCCUACUACUUUCCCUUUUUCUGAUAGAAACUCUCAAAUUCAGCUUCUUCUUGGUGUUAUUGGUGCUCCUUUGAUCCCUCUUCCUGUUCCUUCUGAUCAUAAAGCUAAUAAGUGUAUCAAAGAUCACCCUAUUGAAUCUUCAAUGGCGAAAUACAUUAUUCAUCAGUACAUUGCUGCCAUGGGAGGCGAGCAUGCUUUGAAUUCGAUUGAUAGCAUGUAUGCAAUGGGAAAAGUGAGGAUGAUGGCUUCAGAAUUCAGUGCUGGUGAAGGGUUAUCUGUGAAUAAUCCAAAAGGGGAUAACACUAAAGUGGUCAAGGUUAAAGGACUAAAGCAUGGUGGUGAAGUAGGUGGAUUUGUUUUGUGGCAAAAGAAGCCAGAUUUAUGGUGUUUAGAACUGGUGGUUUCAGGGACUAAGAUUAGUGCUGGAAGUGAUGGGAAAGUUGCUUGGAGGCAAACACCUUGGCACAAUUCUCAUGCCUCUCGUGGCCCACCACGACCUCUCCGACGUUCAUUGCAGGGUCUUGAUCCACGACUGACAGCAAGCCUAUUCACCAACGCUAUCUGCAUCGGUGAGAAACUAGUAAACGACGAGGAUUGCUUUGUGCUGAAGCUAGAAGCGAAUCCAUCAACACUAGAAGCGAGGAGCAGCGGCAAUGUAGAGAUAAUCCGCCACACAGUUUGGGGCUACUUUAGCCAAAGAACAGGGCUUCUUGUUCAACUAGAAGACUCUCACCUUCUAAGAAUAAAGACAUCAAAGUGUGAUAGCAUCUUCUGGGAGACCACCAUGGAGUCCCAAAUCCAAGACUACCAAACAAUAGACGGUGUUAACAUCGCACAUUCCGGUAAAACUUCAGUUUCAUUGUUUAGAUACGGAGAAGACUCCGAGAGCCAUUCCAGGACGCGUAUGGAAGAGAUCUGGUCUAUUGAAGAAGUCGACUUCAACAUUAAGGGUUUGUCCACCGACUGUUUCUUACCUCCCGCAGACUUGAAGAAAGACGAUGAAGGCUUCAAUGCGGUUGAGCCAAACAACAUUAAACCCGCAAUUAAAUCACAAGACCUUCCCAAGGUGACUCUUAACACGAAGAUUAGCACCGCUAAGGUUACUGCAGUCGAUGAUCAUCAUUCGGAGAAUUUCAAUUAGGAUUUCCUGAAUCCUAAACAUCAGUUUUAUGCACCUUGUACAUAUCAAGAACAAUUUUUCAAGUGUUAUAUAUAAAUUACCGGGAAGAUUAUAGCAGAAAAAAUCGAUACCUAACCAGAGACCCCAGCCAGGCUAGACGAAACAGGAAGUAUCAUGAUACGCAGUCCUUCACCGAAAUGGAACUUUGAUGCUGUUUCGGAGUAUGAUCUAGCAGGAAAGUCGAUCUAUUUCGUUAACUGUUACUAGAGAAGUGUAAUGUACAACCAUGCCCAGUUAACGGGCAUUAGGAUUGCUCAGCUCAAGACGAGCACCACAUGUAUAGAUAUUCUGCAAUGUGUGACCGUGCUAGUCAUGGCUGUACAUAAACACUAUGACUGUAGCUAUUAUGCGACGCAAGUACUUAUGGUUUUCGAUACAUAGGGGCGGGCCUUAUCUGGGCUUGUGUUUAGGCAAGUCAUGGCCCCUUGGAGUUUAUACCAUCCAAUUUGCGACUAUAUAAACUCUAUUUGGUUCACAAUUGUAAUGGAAUGUUUUUAUUACUAGUUGAGAAAGUGCAUAUUUUUUUGACAUGUGCUAAAUCUUGAUAUCUUGUAAAUUUGAAUUGUACUAAUGCAGAAACAAUUAGGA